UAGUCCUAGUACAGUGAGAAAAGCCAUGGUCACCUGACCUAAAUUACAUAGUUGUCACCCAAUAUUGAGGUGUCACUUUGUCAUUAGCACAAUGCAGCAUUUGAGUUCCAAGGCUUAUAUAGCAACAAAGGCCACUAAAAAUAUCAAAUCCUGUUUCUCUGGUGGCGGUGAAGAACAAGUGUUCAGAAGUUAUUUGAUCAAUGGCAAUGGAAGUGCAGAAAGAGUAUAUCCAAAGACACUAUGUGCCCUUGAAAGAAGAAAGUAUCAGCCCUCCACUACAAGAUAAAUCUUACUCUGUGAACUACAUACAAGGACCACCACCACUGAUUUCUGACCAACCUAAGACUAUCACAAUGCGAACUGUAGCUCAAUCUAUUCAACCCAGUACUAGCUCACGUCCUGCUAACUAUACAGGGCCUAGUAUGAGCCAGACAAAUAUUCCUGGAGUGUAUUUCGGCUAUCAGAUACAACAAGAAGAAAGACUUCAGCGCAGUCCAGGGAUCAUGCAGCCUACGACUCAGCAGACUCAGCAGCGUAUGGUUAUCAGUCCGACUUUAGAGCCGCCUGUACAGGACGAAAAUACUCAAGAAGAUAUGUACACAUCUACACAAGAAGUUGCGGCUGGUGUUCAAGUUCCACCGCCGUUGGUACCAACUACUACUCCUUCAGCCAACGAAAAACUGGAGCACAGCUAUCUCUCUCAGCAGAUAAUGAAAAGCACAUCAACUCUGCUCAACUUCAUCCAAAUGCAAGUAUUGAGCUCGAUCAAUGGCACCGCAUCUUCGAUUCAAAACGGACAUCUCAAAGAAAAAGAUUUGUUAGAAUGCCCGAUGGCUGUUGACAGCGACGGGUUUAGACCAGUACCAAAUCUGCCCGCAAACGAAAAAACUAAUGAUAAUCAAAAUACAGGUAUAGAGCAUCAACCACUAACAAGUUACGAACGAAACCUUUUCCGAGAUCUCCAAAUCCAAUCAAGACUACCCAAUUCGAAUAAAGUUAGUAGUGUUUCAAUACCACCAUCUUUAAAUUCUACACCCUCUAUGCAAAUGCAACCACAAUACACUGAUACUGAGCCGUAUAUUGAUGGACGAAAAAGGCGACAAAAAAAGACAAGAGAAGAAAAACUGGCUUAUCUUCGACAGUACGCUCGCGAAAGAAGGGCCAGGGAAACUCCAGGACAGAGAGAGGCAAGAUUAGCUGAUUUAAGAGCAAGACAAAGAGCUAGAAAAGCAAAUGAAACAUCUGAUCAAAGAAAACUAAGACUAGAAAAAGACAGAUUGAAAACUGGCCGCUACAGAGCCAAGAAGAAGCAAGAUGAUGACAUGUCUGAUAUGUUUGAAGGAAACUUUGAGGCUGGUUUUACAGAGGCUGAUAUUAUUGAUUUUUGAUUACAUUGUCUGUCUGCCAGCUAAUAAUUGACACUUUUUAAUUAAACCACAUGACUCACA